AUGGCUAGCAAGGCGAGAUCUCUCUUCAUGAAGAACUGGUGCGUUUACUCUUCCAUACCUUUGUCGGGCGCCCAAGCUCGAUGCCCAUGGGAUGGUGCUGCGAGCUGAGAUGGUGUCAAGGAGAAGGAGAUAGACGCAGAGCUUUGCGCAAAAGUUAGGGAAAGGGAGUGACGAUGGGGGAUGGUGUUGCAAGUGUGCCUGCACCGGCUUCGCGUCGAGGCCCCACACGCACUGCGAGUCGUCCCUCUCGGUGGCUAGACCUUGGUCAUGGGGAGCGCAUUCGAUACAGGCUUUGUCUCCAAGCCUCCUCUGCUGCAGCAACGCGGGAUCGCACCUGAGCUUGACAUAAGCAGGCCAGCCGGGUCUGCGUAGGUCAAUCAAGCUGUUGCCACACCUAUGCGAAACGCUCGCGCAAGGCGUCCGACGCUCCUCAGCGCAUCUCCUCUCCCUUGCUGACAAUCCUCCUUGUCCAUUCUUGAUCUUUUGUUCGACUAACAGGUACUCUCCAGAGGUGCUCCCAGUCGUCUUCGUCACUGCAGUCGCUGCUGGAGGCGCUGCUUGGUACGUCACCAGGCUGGCACGUGGUCCGGAUGUCAUUUGGGACCGCAAGGUGAGUCUUUGGGGACUGACCUCCAUGAUGUCUCUCGCAUGUGGGCUGUGAUCAUCACCAUGGUGUGCUGGAGCGUGACUAGGGUCUGCCAAUGCUGUCACGUCUCUCAGGCCGUGGGACAGUGUGGCGCCACGCGUUGGCAAGGGCCGGCGCGGAUAGACAGGAGCGAUGGAACCACAUCAGGAGACCACUAGUCGAGUCAAACUGCUUCUCCUCAAUGACCUUUACUGACCCUGCUUGCGCUUCGUCGCGCUCAGAACAACCCCACCCCUUGGAACGUGAGUCGAUACUGUAUCGAGUCUGCCCUCUUGAUCUUUCAACGCUGACCCAACGCUUCGGCUCUGUCCUCCUCGUAGAAUGUUCAGCCCGGCACUCAGACCAAGAUGAUGACGGUCAACCAAGAAUUCGAGCGCAAAUACAAGCGCGACAGACUCUAA